ACAAGUACCUGCAGCUUCGAUAAAUUGGAGGAACUCGGACCUGUGUGUGAAAAAUUCGACGUUUGGCUCCACGUGGAUGCUGCCUAUGCAGGUUCGGCCUUCAUCUGUCCGGAGUAUCGUCACUACUUGAAGGGUGUUGAAUAUACGUCUUCAUUUUGCUUCAAUCCACACAAAUGGCUUCUCACUAAUUUCGACUAUUUAUUAGAAAUUUUGGAUUGGUUUCAAGAGUUUAAUAGAACUAAACCUAAAAAAUUUAGUCGGUAG